GUUUUCUCUCCUCAAUGGUCAACGUUCAACGUUUCAACCUCCACGACGACUGGCGCCUUAGGCCCUCGGGGACCUCGCAAUUACUCCUCAAGGCAGAUUAUGGCUCUCAAAGUCACCAAAUUUGGAUAAAUCUGGAUAAUAUUGUUGUCGUCUACAAAUAAAGAAGAACCUCAGUUCAUACCAUUUUGCAUUCAGCCGUAAGAGGCCUCCUGUUCAUCAAGAUUUGGAUCAGAGUGAUGGAUCAUGGGAUGGGCAUGAUUGAAUUGGGCUCUAAACCCGGCGGGGCUUCCAAUGCACCUUUCAUUCAGUGAAGUUAAUCAUAUAAGAAACGGCAUUACCCUCUAAAGGUUGGCUUUUCACCACCAAGAACAUGGGCUCUGACUUCGGGUUUUCCGAGUUUUUUACGGUGACUCAUGUCGUGGUGUACCCUAUUGCCACAUUCUCGGUUAUGUUCCUCACUUACGGGUUCUACGUCCUCCUUUUCAUACUGUGCAUCAAUAGCCUGACAAAAUCCCCGUAUGGAUCGACGGGUAGUCAAAUGCCUCACGGUCUAUACUUCUGGUCAACCGUAUCACUUUUUGUGAUUGGGACGAUCAAUGUGAUUUGCUUCACACAAGACAAGGUCCGCGAGAUGGUGGCGAUUUUUAUCUUUCUACGAACAGGGGAUGCUAGCGCUGUUGAAAAACAUGCGAAUAAUGAUAAGAUCAAGAGCGCUGAUCAGUCAAUCGUGCUCUUGCUCUCGAUCCUCGCAAACAUUUUCGCGGAUUUGAUGCUGGUUCACCGGUGUUACAUAGUAUGGAACCGCAGGAAUUGGAUUGGUCUUUUGUUUGUGCUUACUUCACUUAUCAAUGUCGUAGGAUUAAUUUCGGUAAUUUUAGUCGUCGUCGGAGCAAGCGACGAGUUUGACCCCGACCGCGAGCGAUUGUUCUUCCUGGGUUCUGAUAUUAAACAAGCCUACAAUGGCGCAUAUGCGGGCGCCAACCUGUUGACUACCGUUCUAACCGCUUCAAGGAUAUGGUGGGUUACUAGAGAGGCACGAGAGUCUCUCGGGGGUGGUAUUCGAACGCUCUAUCAGGGAGUUGUGGCUGCCAUCCUUGAAUCGGGAUCUCUGUACCCAAUAAUCAGCUUUGUUCACAUCGCAUUGGUCCAGAGCGCCAGCACGAUAGGGUUGCCAAUCGAUUUGAUUCCGACGGUAACUUUGGUCGCGGGAAUCGCUCCCGCCCUCAUGAUCGUUCGUUGCAGAGUAUUUGGUUUCAUGCAAAGCAAAAAAACCGUGCAAGAGGCCGGAGAUCUAUCCACAUUGCAAUUUGGUUCGAAUACAAGAACGGGGACCGGGACGACGCCUGGAGGUCAAAGCAUGUCAGGAGGGCAGGACUCUGAGUUACCAAACACAGACAAUCCAACCCGGUUAACAAAAGGUGUGAAGGGAGAUAGUAGCAGUCACAGUGAUGAGGAAAAAGAGGCAGCCACCGAAUGAAGUUUCAGAAUGACCACUCUUGUUGUCCUGUAACGUGCAAGUUAAGAGGAGAAAGAAAAGACGCAUCCAGGAUAGACAGACGGGCCAGACCAAACACUGGUAUUGUGAAGGUAACUGGUGAGCAAGGAGUUCCGAAGAAAGAAUGCACAAGUCACCGACAUCCCAUCACAGUCGACGUCGAUGAAAGCGAUGACAGAUGAAGAAGUAGAGUACAACCAAUCCACAUAGAUAAUUACGUCCAUCAAAUCGC